CAAUUCAACUGACAAUUUGAGUGAAUUAACACUGACAGCAACAUCCGCACCAACUUUGCCGCAGACUGGUGUCUCUCCGGGGCUGCUGUGGACUGACCUGUCCCUCAUUUUAGAAAGGGGUGUGGUAGAGGAGCCACGUGUACAGGAACUGGACUCUGACAGCUUGCCUGACUUACUGAAAGCACUGCAGGCAAUCAUGGCUGUUUGGCGAAAGCUGUGGUGCAGAAACCUCCUGGCUGUGUGUCUGCUGUUUUAUGUCCUCCUUCAUACCAUGGACGUACAUGCGCGCCCAGCCAAUAUGUCAGCCUCUAAAGACAAGUCUCCAGCUGGCAAGGAUGAGAACGAGAUUCUUCCCCCUGACCACCUGAAUGGGGUAAAGAUGGAGAGGGAUGGACACCUUAACAAGGACUUCCAUCAGGAAGUUUUUCUAGGGAAAGAGAUGGAGGAGUUUGAAGAGGACUCAGAGCCACGGAGGAACAGGAAGAAGCUCAUUGAAAUAUUCACCAAAGUUGACUUCAACAAGGACAGGAGUGUGAGUGCAAAGGAGAUGCAGCGCUGGAUUAUGGAGAAGACAGAGGAGCACUUUCAGGAGGCCAUGAAGGAGAACAAGAACAGUUUCCGUGCUGUCGAUCCAGACGGCGACGGUCACGUGACAUGGGAUGAAUACAGGGUCAAAUUUCUGGCCAGCAAAGGUUUCGAUGAAAAAGAAGUUGCUGAGAAAAUAAAGAAUAAUGAGGAUCUGAAACUGGAUGAGGAAACUCAGGAAGUCUUGGAGAGCCUGAAGGACCGCUGGUUUCAGGCAGACAACCCUCCAGCUGACCAGCUGCUGGAUGAGCAGGAGUUCCUGUCUUUCCUUCAUCCUGAACACAGCAGGGGCAUGCUCAAAUACAUGGUCAAGGAGAUUGUACGAGACUUAGAUCAGGAUGGUGAUAAGAAACUGACCCUGUCCGAGUUCAUCUCUUUACCCGUGGGCACCGUGGAGAACCAGCAGGCUCAGGACAUUGACGAUGACUGGGUCAGAGAGAGGAAGAAGGAGUUUGAGGAGGUCAUUGAUUCAGACCGUGAUGGCAUCGUAACUAUGGAGGAACUGGAGGAGUACAUGGACCCAAUGAAUGAGCACAACGCUUUGAAUGAAGCCAAGCAGAUGAUCGCCGUCGCAGACGAGAACCAGAAUCACAACUUGGAGCUGGAUGAGAUUCUCAAGUACAGCGAAUACUUCACAGGAAGCAAACUCAUGGAUUAUGCCAGAAAUGUGCAUGAGGAGUUCUGAAGACAGGUUCAUUCUCCCCUUUUCUCCAACAUCUGCUUCAGGGACAAGCCUGGGAGGGGGGCGGCCCACUGAUCAGAUGUUCUAGUGUGCAAUUCUGUGUUCAAAAGCCUAGCAUCAGCUGCCUCUUUCACUGCUGACUCCAGUUAAUGCAUCCCUCCUUCAACCCUGGACCCUCAAAGAUAGUCUGGCUUCUAUGUGCCAUUGGACUUUUAAAUGUUUUCCAUAAAUUUGAGGCACUACAACUACUCCAGAUUUAUUUGUGUUUUGUUGUGAAAUGUGUGUAUAUGAGGAAUUUUAUCUCUAGAAGACAUUUUCUUUUGCUGGUGCAGCGGUGAGAGAGACUGCCAGCUAGGCCAGCUAUUUGUUCUGCAGGACGUGUGUGUAUGUAAUGUAAAUAUUCACAUACAUCACAUACGGCUGUGAGAUUGGAAUAUAAUGCUGAUGAAAGGUGCAAACCUUGGAGAGAUAUUAAAAGAGUAUAUUGGUGACACAAUAUAAGUGUUACCACUUCAUUCCCAAAAUUCAAAAGUAGAUUUUGUUGUUAGUGGUGUACAGUUUCACUAGUUCUCGUAAUAGGUAGCAUCCGUCCUUCCAGAUUACUUAUGAACAGGGUAAUAAUUGUGUAAAAAAUAUUUAAAAAGCAAUCUCAAUAACAUAGUCCUACGUAGCACAGCCUUUCAUUAACAUCAGAUACACAAAAUGUAGGAAAAGAUGGAGAUAUGAGAACGGUAUAUGUGAUAUUUUACCCAACUGAAGGAAAAGCACAGGUGUCACCAAUAAUGUUGCACCUAAAUGGGAUUCAGCCAUUAUCAACAUUAGUAGUUUCACCUUAGUGCAGCAGGACAAAGCAUCCUCUUUGAUUACAGCCUAGUGGUAAGUUCUUCACUACAAGCACUCUAAUUCAUGUUUUAGUUCAGAUGUGGAGGAAGAUAAAUCUAUUUAUUUGAGCAGUUUAAUUUGGAUCAGCUGCAUUUUUGAAGGCCUCCCAGGUUCCCAGGCUUACUCAGUUCUUGUCUUGGUUGUUUUUUUGCGUGCUAAAUUUUGAAUGCUCUCCAUAUAAUUGUUUUGAAAUGCAUGGACAAACUACGGAGUCACAUUCCUGAGUUUUGUUGCGAUUCUCAAUAACCUGUGGAGUGUUGGGAUCAUAGAUCCUGCUGCAAUCUUUGUCUGAUUGUAAAAUAAGAUUUAUUAUAACAGAAUGUGACAGCUUUAUAAAAUGUACUGCAAAUACAUCAGUAAAAAAUAAAUAUUUCUUAUCAACUAAA